CUAUUAUACACACACACACACACACAUGUUAUAGCUAUACUAUUAUUUAUAUUUAUGUAUGCACAUGUCGAACGUCACCGUAACGAUAUUGUUAUCUUAUCACGUUCACGCUUUCUCCUUCUCCAGAUCCCAAUGUUUUUUUUUUUUUUUUUUCCCUUCAUAACUUCAUUUCUCCGGUGGGUUCGUUUCUCUCUCUAAUCUCAAUAGGUCCAUAACGCAUACAGCAGCUCUCUCUUGUUUUCUUUUUUAUUUCCGGGAAACUGUUUUCUCGGAAAAUUUCUUGGCUUCUGUUUUCUUCUUCUUGGAUUUUGGGAACGUUUAGGGUCAGAUUCGAGAACACUUUUGGGCAUUGAUUCGGUGGAGAUUUGGAAUUUCUGAAGAGAUUUGAUUGCUGGUGCAUUUUUAGAGUUUCAUUCCACAUAAUUUAACGAAUUCCGGGGUUCGAUUGAUGAAAUAUUUUCAUCUAUCGAUUUGGCGAUGGUUGAAAAUUCAAAAAUGAGGUGAAUCUCGUGUUCUUCUCUGAGGUUUUGUACUCGUGGAGCUCAAUUGUUGCUGGGUUUGGGACUUGAGAGGUUGGAAUCUAUUUCUUUUACUCUGUUUUGCUUUAUUCAUGUGUGUAAUUGGAAUUAUAUUUGUCUGAUCAGUUGGUAAAAACCACAAAUCAGCUGUCAAUUGAGCUAAAAUUAGGUGGUUUGGGGGGAAAAAUCUUAGUUCUCAUCGAUUUUCUUCUUAAGUUGGUGACAAGUCUCUAAUUCACGUCUGCAGAAAACCCAUUGAUAUUAUUGUUGUCUGUAUCAGUAUUCAUUGUUUUAUAUAACCCAAUCAAUUCUCUUUUGUACAAAAUUCACUUCUUUUUUCACUAAAAUACUCAAUCUGGUGAUACACUGAAUGACUAUAACUUCAUUUUGAGGAUUGUUUGGUGUUAUUAUAUACUCUGAUCUGAUAUUAACAUUCUUCUAAGGACCAGCCCUUAUAUUUCUUGAGAUAUGGAUAUAAGUAAUGAGGCCAAUGUUGCUCCAUUCCCAAUUGGACCUUCAACAAUUGUUGGUCGGGCAAUUGCUUUCAGAGUCUUAUUCUGCAAGUCUAUGUCACAUUUGAGGCAUCAGAUCUUUCAUAUGCUGUUAUUUUACUUGCAUAGAGUCAAGAACUAUUUCACACCCGUUAUCUCAUGGUUUCAUCCCCGGAACCCACAAGGGAUAUUGGUGAUGGUAACACUAAUAGCUUUUUUGUUGAAACGAUUCACGAAUGUAAAAUUGAGAGCCGAGUUGGCUUAUCGGAGGAAAUUUUGGCGAAAUAUGAUGAGAACUGCUUUAAGCUAUGAGGAAUGGGCUCAUGCUGCUAAGAUGCUCGAUAAAGAGACCCCCAGAAUGAAUGAGUCUGACCUUUAUGAUGAAGAACUAGUAAGAAAUAAGCUUCGGGAGCUCAAGCACCGCCGCCAAGAGGGUUCUCUCCGAGAUAUUAUAUUCUUUAUGCGAGCUGAUCUUAUAAGAAAUCUUGGUAAUAUGUGCCACCCCGAGCUCCACAAAGGUAGGCUUCAAGUGCCUAGACUCAUAAAGGAGUAUAUUGAUGAGGUCUCGACUCAGUUGAGAAUGGUUUGUGACUUUGAUUCAGAAGAGCUUCUAUUAGAGGAGAAGCUUGCUUUUAUGCAUGAAACAAGACAUGCCUUUGGGAGAACUGCUUUGCUGUUAAGCGGGGGUGCUUCCCUUGGAGCUUUUCAUGUAGGUGUUGUGAAAACAUUGGUAGAGCAUAAGCUUAUGCCCCGCAUAAUUGCUGGGUCUAGUGUGGGGUCUAUUAUGUGCUCUGUUGUUGCCACCAGGUCUUGGCCCGAGCUCCAAAGUUUCUUUGAGGAUUCUUGGCACUCUUUGCAAUUUUUCGAUCAGAUGGGUGGGAUUUUUACAGUUUUUAAAAGGGUUAUGACACAAGGGGCAGUUCACGAGAUCAGACAGAUGCAGAUGAUGUUAAGGCAUCUAACAAGUAAUCUUACAUUCCAAGAAGCUUAUGACAUGACCGGUCGAAUUCUUGGGAUUACAGUUUGUUCCCCGAGGAAGCAUGAACCUCCCAGGUGUCUUAACUACUUGACUUCACCUCAUGUUGUCAUAUGGAGUGCAGUGACUGCUUCUUGUGCCUUUCCUGGCCUUUUUGAAGCUCAAGAACUCAUGGCAAAGGAUAGAAGUGGAGAAAUUGUUCCUUAUCACCCACCAUUUCAUUUGGGUCCUGAAGAGACUUCUCGCGCAUCUGUGCGUCGUUGGAGGGAUGGUAGCUUGGAGAUUGAUUUACCCAUGAUGCAGCUGAAGGAGCUGUUCAAUGUCAAUCAUUUUAUUGUGUCUCAAGCAAACCCUCAUAUUGCACCUUUGCUGAGACUGAAGGAGUUUGUGAGAGCUUAUGGAGGCAACUUUGCUGCAAAGCUUGCUCAUCUAGUAGUGAUGGAGGUGAAGCACAGAUGUCACCAGGUAUUGGAACUUGGUGUCCCUUUAGGGGGAAUUGCCAAGCUGUUUGCUCAAGAUUGGGAGGGUGAUGUCACUAUUGUAAUGCCAGCGACCCUCGCUCAGUACUCGAAAAUUAUACAGAACCCAUCUCAUUUGGAGCUCCAGAAGGCAGCCAACCAAGGCAGGAGGUGCACUUGGGAGAAGCUUUCUGCCAUAAAAGCCAACUGCGGGAUUGAGCUUGCUCUUGAUGAGUGUGUUGCAAUUCUCAACCACAUGCGAAGACUCAAAAGGAGCGCCGAGAGAGCAGCUGCUUCUUCUCAUGGCCUAGCCAGCACGGUCAGAUUCAAUGCCUCUAAAAGGAUUCCUUCUUGGAACUGUAUUGCUCGAGAAAACUCAACAGGCUCUCUUGAAGAAGACCUUGGAGAUGUGUCUUCACUCCAUCAAGGAGUUGGGGGUUCCACAGGAGGACAAUCGGGCCGCAAUAUACGGACCCCACGUAACACGCAUGAUGGAAGUGAUAGCGAAUCUGAGACUGCUGAACUCAAUUCUUGGACAAGAUCUGGUGGUCCACUGAUGAGGACUACAUCAGCAGAUCAGUUUAUUGACUUUCUCCAGAACUUGGAUAUUGAUGGCAAACUGAGCAAAGGAAUUAUGGUUCACCCCAAUGAUUUUGUGCUUCAGAUAGUCGGAAAGGAACCGUAUCAUCAAAGCUCAAGGGUGACAACACCAGAUAGAAACUCAGACGUGGAGUUUGAUCAGAGGGACUUCAGUAACAGAGCUUCCUCUAGCAGUUCUAGCAUUAUGGUGGCUGAAGGUGACCUUUUGCAGCCUGAAAGGAUCCAAAAUGGAAUUUUGUUCAAUGUCGUGAGGAAGGAAGACCUAACGCCAUCUAAUAAGAGUCGUGACUCAGAAAACAAGGGCUUCUCGCAAUAUUCAGUUGCUGAAUGUAUGCAACUUGACUGUCCAGAAAAGGAAAUGGAUGCAAGCUCAGAAUCUGAACAUGGCGAUGAUGAUGUCACUACAGAGGAUUGCCUUAAUGAAAUGGAUUCUGGUUGUGACUCCAUGGUUUGUUGUGAUAUAGACGAUGGCAAUAAUAAGAAUGCGGUGCAUGGUAUUUGAGGUUCAUUGAUUCUGUAACAAAAUGGAGUUGAUACGAUGCUGCUGUCAAACCGACGCUUCACUACCAGGAGACAGCAGUGAGCUCUAUUUCGGCAGAAGAUCAGUUAGUGAAAUAAUGAAGACAAUGAAGCAUUCUUCUAGGAACCUCACCAUGUUAGCAAGCAGUUAUGCAUUACCACCAUGGGAUGUUAUACCUUAGAAGCUGUUACUGUGCAUCUUUUAGUGAGCACGACCAUACUUGUCAUUCGCACAGUCCAUAAUCAAAUAUCAUCUGAGAAUAAGUUUCUAACCACAUCUGUUAGCUCAUAUUUAUUUUGAUUUGGGGGGAGUUGUAUAUCAACCAUUAAAAUUGCUGUAAAUUCUCCUUCAAGGGAAAAUCAAUGAUCACAACCUUGGUUAUAGUGUA